GUGUGUGUGUGUGUGUGUUAUGUGUGUUGUGCGCGCGUUUCGCGUUUGUCGCCGGUAGUUUAGUCGCACGUUAUUGCGAUUAAAUUAAUAAAUAUCUAACUUUUUAACAUAAAACGAAAUCCGCUUUCGUAGCCGACGCCGAUUAUGGCGCAGGUACGCUACACCCGGAAUUUAUUCCUACGUGGAAUUUGCAUUAUAUACCUGUUUGCAUUCCUCAGCUUUUACAUACAGAUCCCAGGAUUGUAUGGUGAUAAUGGAAUCUUGCCAGCCAGAACGCAGGUGGAUCUCAAAGCACGCGCAACAAUAUUUAAUAAACUGAAGCAGAAGCCAACAUUGUUAUGGUUUGCUCCGUAUCUAGGCUUAAAUGUAGAAUACAUGCUGGACAUACUAUCUCUCCUUGGAACUGUGCUCUCCUUUGCAGGAUUUAUUUCUCAAAGAUUUUGCAUUGCGCCGAUAUUUGCAGGUCUAUGGACCUUGUAUUAUUCUUUAUAUCAGAUUGGUCAAACAUUUAUGUGGUUUCAGUGGGAUAUUUUAUUAUUGGAAGUUGGAUUCCUAUGUAUACUUGUAGCACCAUUUUGGUACCCUCAGCGUGGAAAACCAAGCACUCCGAGCGAUGCUGUGACAUUCUGGACUGUGCGCUGGCUACUCUUUCGUUUAAUGUUUGCUAGUGGAGUGGUAAAAUUUACUUCAGAUUGUCCACUGUGGUGGAAAUUAGAUGCUCUAAAUAUUCACUUUGAAUCUCAAUGUAUACCUACUCCUCUGGCAUGGUACGCACAUCACUUGCCAGCUUGGUUCCUUCGAUUAAGCACUGUUGCCACAAACAAUAUCGAGCUUGUCAUACCAAUCUUAUUUUUCUUCCCGAUCAGAAAAGUGAGAAUAGUAGCAUUUUAUUUACAGGUACUUUUGCAAAUCUGUAUAAUUGCUACGGGAAACUACAAUUUCUUCAACUUCCUAACGAUUUGUCUAUGCAUAUCCUUACUGGACGAUCAGUUCUUCUACAAACGAAAAUUUAAGAACGAUAAGUCCCGCAUUAUAAAUUAUCUCAAGACAUUAAUAACCAUAUUGAUCUAUGGAAAAGUUAUAUACGGGACGUAUAUUUAUUAUAAUCUUAGGAUAACAGAUAAUUGGACCAUUCAAUCUAAUAUUGCAUUUACAAAAGAACAAUUCGAUUAUGUUUUAUCUCGAAUAGUAACCUUUUCCAUGUUCAUUGGUUUAGCAUCUCUUGGAUUAACAGCAGUGGACUCGAUAGCUAAUUCUAUUAUGACUGCGAAAGGAUUACGUAAUAAAAUAACAACAACAAUAGUUACACUUUUCUACACUAUAGCAGUGUGUCUGAUUUUUGUUAUAAGCCUUGUACCAUAUUCCACCUUGCAUCCUUCUACAAUUCUGUCGAAAAAUUCGACAAUGUCCUUACAAUUGAAACAGAUGCAUGCAAAGGUGGAUCAUCUUCAUUUAGCGAACAGCUACGGUUUGUUUCGUCGUAUGACAGGAGCUGAAGGUAGACCGGAAGUUAUAAUAGAAGGGAGCGACAAUAUCGAAGGACCUUGGAGGGAAUACGAGUUCUUGUACAAGCCAGGAAACGUUAAUAACUCGUUGCCAUUUGUUGCGCCUCAUCAACCUCGUCUCGAUUGGCAAAUGUGGUUCGCCGCAUUAGGUUCAUAUCAACAGAAUCCAUGGUUGAUGUCAUUUACUUAUCGUUUAUUGACUGGGCAACCCGAGGUACUAGCUCUAAUAAACAACGUCGAAAGUCCAUUUCGAGACAGACCGCCAAAAUAUAUUAGAGCUAGUCUCUAUUAUUAUCAUUAUACAUCGUGGAGCCAAACAACUAAUGCUUGGUGGACCAGAGAGAAAGUUAAAGAAUAUUUUUCGACAUUCAGCCGGGAUCAUCCACCGUUUCUCGAUUAUAUAAAAAAGAUGAAGGUCAUUCAAGACAAGCCGGAUUUUAAAGUCGCAAAUGAACCGCUUAAAUUAAUUCUGGACAACUUGAGGUCUUUGGUCGGUAAGAUAGAAGCGAGCUUAUUUUUAUGGGGCAUAUUUACAGCCGGAUGUACAGUCAUUGUAACAGGUUACAGCAGUUCAGUAUCAAAAAAGAAAUAAUUAUUGAACAAUAAUACUUAUAUCUACAAAAAUUUGACGCGUUACAAAACUAAAGAUACUGAAUUAACAAACUAGAGAAAGCAAGUUGUAAAAAAAAAUAUAUAUAUAUAUAUGUGUGUGUGUGUAUCAACUAAA